UGAUUCCACAGAAGAAGGAGAGAAGUGGAGCUUAGCUCUGCUAAACAGUUUUAGAAUAAAAACAUUUCAAAAACUCUAAAUUAUAAUUUUAAUAGUUCGCUGACAAAUCACGCAUUUAUUCCAGAUUGACCUUCGGGACGGAUUAAACCUUCGUGCUGCAGAAUGGCGUCGCCGACAGUGGGUGAGUUGCUGAGCGCUCUCAGUGAGAUGGGCUUUAGUCAGGAGCAGAUUCAGGAUGCUAUACAGGCUGGCUGUUUCACCGUUACAGAGGCAACAGAAUGGCUGUUGCAGGGCAGGGGUCCGCGUCACAGAUUAACAAAGCAGGCCGAGUCACCCACAAAUGCCUUCUCAGCGUUUAACCCACCAAAAAACACCAUUGCGAGCCCCUCACAUUCACAACAAACAGGUCCUAAUCUGGUCCUGAAUCACCCUUCUCUGAGUCCUGCAGCAGAAACAGAACUGCAGCCAUUACAGUCGAGAAUGAAGCAAGACCAGAGCAGCUUCCAUCUGCAGCAGAGACACAGAGAGGCUCAGGAGGCUCAGCACGAGAGGAGGCAGAAAAAACAGGAGCGUGAGUUAAUCCUGAAGAGAAUUGCAGAGGACCGGCGCUUGCAGCAGGAGAAGGCUCAGGCUUCCACGACCAGUAGCCAUGGAAACACAGCAGUGGGGCAUCGCCAGAGCAGCGUAGAUGAUCAGUGCAUCCUUAUGAUUCGUCUGCCCUCCGGUGAAUCGAUGCGCGAGUGCUUUCCGGCUGAUGCUCUGCUCCGCAGUGUUGUUGAACACGUCGCCACUCGUCACCCAUCUCUUCCUGCGUUCUCACUGCUGCAAGGUUUUCCCCGUAAGCGUUUCUCUGAGGCAGAGCUGGCAUCCUCCCUGCGGUCUCUGGGUUUAACUCCAAACGCAGCUCUGUGUAUUCAAACAGCACCCCCUGUCAACGCGCCACAGGAUUCCGAGAACCUUCCUGAUCCACAGCACAACGAACCUCCACGCCUGCAGGAGGAAGCAGAGUUACAACAGCCUGUAUUACCACGCCCAUUUCCACACCAACUUUGGGAAGAAGCAGUAGGGCAUGCUGGGUUUGGACCUUCAGGACCUUCUCACUACUGGGGGCGUGGUCAGCGGCUGGUUCCUGGUGAGGCUGAUGAUGAGCACUCAGAUGGCGAGGAGCAGCCUGAAGAACCAGCAGUGCCUCUUUUCAAUGGAGUUCCUGGGCUGCCGUUUGGAGCUGGAGUCGUUCUGGAGCCGCAGCAUCUCUGGCCUGAACAGGGAAACAGACUGAGAGAGCCAGGUCCUGCUGACCCUGCUGAUCCGGGGGCAGGGCGGAUGUUGCCGGGUAAUGCAGCAGUUCAGCGGCUGCAGAGAGCAGCUCAACAUGAAGAACCAUCACCACCAAAAAAACCCUUCAGACCCCCCAGCGUCCCCUCGCUGUGUUCUCUCGCCACCAGAGCCAGUGUCUCACUCAUUACAGCUCCCUGUAUGCAGUACAGUAGCAGUCUGUCUGGUUUGACCCCAGAGUCAGCGGAACUCCUGUUGGGUCACAUGACCUCUGGGCGCAUCCUGAGGCCGCGGACACUUGAGCUGUUUUUCGGCUGCCCACUGCAGAGCUUUAUUCUGAACAGCUACCCAUACACCACCAACGAGUUACUACGGCAACUCAGAGCCUUCACUGCACUGAAGCACCUCAGCCUGGUCAACUCUCCGCUCAUUACCGAUGCUGGACUCUCUGUUUUGUCCGGACUGUUGAAACUGCAGCACUUAAACCUUUCGUCCUGCAAUAAACUGACCGACUCCUGUCUGCAGCACAUCACCAAGUUGCAGUGUCUGACCUUUCUGGCCCUGGAUAAGACCAAAGUAAGUGAUGCUGGAUUACUGACGUAUCUGAAGUCUGCUCCCUCUGUGCUCAUUCAUCUCAGUCUGAAUGAAACAGGUAUUACUGAGACCACACUGACUGCCCUGCCCCAGUGUGUACCGCAACUUCGUCUGCUCAGCAUUGCCCGCACAAAGGUGAGUGACGUAUCAGCAUUGGCUGAACUGCGUUGCUUGCAGACUCUUCAUCUGGAUGGUACAAGUGUAAAUGAAGACUCCCUUCAGGCUCUUAAAGCCCAUCCCAGCUUGUCCACACUCAGCCUUGCCUGUAUUCCCGUCGCUAAUGGCAACCAUGCGCUGGAGAUCAUUUCUGCUUUGAGACUGACCCACCUGACGCUGCCUGGCCGUCACUCGCUGACUGACGCUGGGUUGCUUCACCUCUCCAGACAGAUUCUACUCUCUGAGGUGGACCUGACCGACUACACACAGAUCACUGACCAGGGCAUUACACAGCUCUCCACCAUGAACAGGCUCAAGAAGCUGUCUCUCAGUAACACUCAGGUAAGUGAUGCAGGACUGGUUGCCUUGGUAACUCUGAAGGAGCUGGUGGAGCUGUGUCUGGACCGAACAGCGGUAAGCAGCCGGGGUGUUGCUGCUCUCAUCACACACCUGCCUUAUCUACAGGUGAUCGGUUUGGCCUGUACACGUGUGGGCGAUACAGUGGUCAGACGUGGUUUAGUUCACUGCCCUCAGCUCCUCAAACUCAACCUCAGCAGGACACGAAUCACUGACCAUGGGGUAAAGUUCCUUUACUCAAUGAGGUUGAACCAGGUGAAUCUGGAUGGUACAGGUGUGACUGUGGAGGGUGUGGCCAAUCUGAUCUCUGCCUGUCCUCAACUGACCAGUGUCCGAGCAAGUAACACCCGCAGCAUCCCCCCCGAUCAGCAGUCCGAUGAUGAUGAGGAUCACCUGCUGCCCUAAG